AUGCUUAGAUUUAGAAUAACAGGACUGUUGAUACUCUACGUUUCCCUUAAUGUCCAAGCAGAAUUGAAAGUGGGAUUCACUGAAGUGAUCUUCCAGGGAAGGGAGAGCCAGCCCUGCCUCAGAGUGGCGAUCGCCAGGGAGGGAGAGCUGAGUCAGGACGUGGAGGUGGGAAUCCACCCACUCACCUACCAACAAUUCCUGGAGAGUGGCUUCUUGCUGCCUGAUGUUCCAGAGCUUCGGGAGCUGCCUGACCCUGCAGAGUAUGAACCAGAGGGAGAAGAUUUUAGUACUGAAGUACAGACAAUAACUCUCCGGUGGGACUCGGAACAUGAAGAUCAUCUGAUUUGUAUCGCACUCAACCCUGACACAAUCAGUGAGGCAAACGAAGGGCUUUUUCUUGUCCUGAGCAUUGACGAAAAUUAUGAAGUUCUUCAAGAGAACCAAGUGGCUCUGGCAGUUAUUCUGGACGAUGAUUCUGUGGUGGUAGGGUUUGAACAGCUGAGCUACACAUGCCGAGAGGGGGAGCCUGAAAACUCAUGUGUCAUCUGUGUGGCUCUUGGGAGUGCCACAGAAAUGGAAAAGGGCCUGGAGAUUCCUCUAAUUUCCCUCACACAUUCAAGCACAGCAAGAGUCAGCGAGGACUAUCUUGAUGCUAGUCACGCGCUAGUGCUCUCGAGCAGUCAGCAGAGAGCAUGUCUGGAAGUUCAUGUCCUGGAUGACGACGUGGCUGAAAGAGAGGAAAGCUUCACGUGCGUUCUCUCACAAAGUGACUCACAAUCAUCGCCAACAUUACUGCUGGAGAGAGGAGUUACCAGCAUCACUAUCCAGGAUAACGAGGUUGUGGGUGUUGGGUUUGAACAAGAUGAGUACGCAUGCAGAGGUGGCCAGAGAGAGAGGUGUAGGGUGUGUGUCUCCAUUCUAAGCUCUGCUUCUCAUCUGGAUCCUACACUCUCUGUUUCUCUCUACCUGGCCAGCAUCUCAAGGACUGCCAUUGCUGGCUUGGAUUUUGAGGGAAUAAAUGAGAGAGUAACUCUGUCAGCUGCUAGUCCGAGGGUGUGUGUUCCAGUGCAGACAGCAGACACUAAUAAGAGAACAAGAGACAGAAACUUGUUUUUCGAGUGUAUUCUACUGAAAAAUAUCCAGCUCCACUCGUUUUCAAACGUGUUUCUGGAGAGAGAGACCACUACGGUGAAAAUCAAAGGCCAUCUAGAAGGGGGCCGGUGUCUGGGCGUUGGUGGAAAGCCAGUGUGUCAUAAGAAAGCUAUCUGCCAUGAUGAGUUGGAGGGAGGGGUUCUGUGCGAGUGUCUGGAUGGCUACAGGGGAGAUGGUGUCUCUUCCUGCACCGAUGUGGAUGAGUGUGAGGAAGGACUGGAUGACUGUGGGACUGAGGUGGCCUGUCACGUUACCUCAGCUGGCAGAGAGGUGUGCCGAGCAGUGGCUUCGUGUGUCAACACCCAUGGCAGCUACCGGUGCACAUGUGCCACUGGCUAUACUGGAGACGGGAGAAACUGUACUGCCAUUGAACGCCCAGUGAACGAGUGUCAUCAGGGGAAACACAACUGCCACCACAACGCUCACUGUGAGAACACACCCAAUGGUUUCCUGUGCCACUGUAGACGUGGAUUCACUGGAGAUGGCAUAGAAUGCACAGAUGUGGAUGAGUGUAAGUCUGGAAGACAUGGUUGUGACAGCACCAAGUUUUGCCACUACUCGUAUGCUAGCGGCCGUGUGGAGUGUGUCCACACUGCCGAAUGCAUCAACACACACGGAUGUUACGAAUGUAGUUGCAGAACUGGGUUCACAGGAGACGGAACUGCCUGUACUGAUGUGAACGAGUGUCAAGGGCCAACCGAAUGUGAUGCCAAUGCUAACUGUCUCAACAUCCCUGGUGGCUACCACUGCCAGUGCAAAGAAGGAUAUGUUGGAGUUGGAACUCUCUGCAGAGCAACAGCUGUGGCUAGUGGGUGUGGUUUGGAGCCCACAAUCUGCAGUCUUGACGCAGCAUGUGAGGAUAUUGAGGGAAUCUCUCUGUGUAUCUGUAAUCCUGGCUUCGAAGGGGACGGAUACACCUGCACUGAUGUGGAUGAGUGUGUAAGACCAGGACUUGGCCAGUGUGGUCCUGGUGCAGUGUGUAAAAACACUCCCGGCAGCUUCCUGUGUGUCUGUCAAGAAGGCUUCGUGGGAGAUGGCCACAACUGCACCAGAGUUCUUAUUGACGAGUGUGCUCUGGGAACUGACGGUUGUGCAGAGUUAAACUCAGUCUGUGUUGACAAAGAGGAAGGCUAUUCUUGUGUUUGCAGACCUGGAUACAGGGAUACAGGCUCCAGUCAAUGCACUGAUAUAGAUGAAUGUUCUGAGGGUUUGGAUGGGUGCAGCUCUAGUGGUAGGUGUCGGAAUACAGAAGGAGCUUACGAGUGUUACUGUCUUCCUGGAUAUGAAGGAGAUGGAUUCACAUGUAAAGACAUUGACGAGUGUUUGCAAGAUCUGACAACAUGCAGUCCUCUAGCAGAAUGCACAAACACAGUUGGGAGCUACGAAUGUGAGUGCCUGGCCGGAUUUGAUGGGGACGGCAAAACGUGCACUGACAUUGAUGAAUGUACGUUGGGAACUGACGGAUGCAAUGGCAGCACCUCCCAGUGCAUAAACAGCCCUGGUAGCUUCCUGUGUGUUUGUCUAAUGGGUUUCAGAGGAAAUGGACUCAUAUGCACAGACAUUGAUGAGUGUGCUGAGGGACUAGACAACUGUGAUACCAAUGCAGACUGUGUCAACACUGAUGGGAGUUUCCUGUGCAUUUGUCGGGAGGGGUAUGAGGGAGAUGGCAGGACCUGCAGAGAUGUGGACGAGUGUUCAGAGGAUGUGGAUGAGUGCAGUUCAAACAGUGGGUGUCUGAACACAGAAGGAGUCUAUGAAUGCUACUGUCUCUCUGGAUAUGAAGGGGAUGGAUUCACAUGUACAGAUAUUGAUGAGUGUGCUAAUGGUGCCUGCAGCAGCUAUGCCGAGUGCACUAAUACCCCAGGAAGCUUCUUUUGCGUUUGUCACAUUGGCUACCUGGGAGACGGAUUACAUGCACAGAUUCCAGAGUUGUUACCCGACAUGACUAGAGGCUAUGCAAACUGGUUGAAAUGUCGGGGAGAAGGUGGACCGUACCACGACACUUGGAAAGCUGGCACCAAUCCUCCAUCGGCUGGUGACAAGGGUUCCCAGUCCUUCGGUACCCUAGACAGUGUGGAGAUGAACCACCAACUAACUCCAAGCAACAACGGAAAUGGUAGGGCAGACCAUACAUCAAAGGCAAUGCAGACACUGUCUCCUCCACCAAGUCACGACAUCCCUUCUCUCUCUACUGAGCAGUCCGAAAAGGUGGGAGAUCUCCAGAGGGAAAGGAAUUCAUAG